UUGGCUCGCUUGGUUGUUGGUACACUUGACUCGGGGAUGUCUCAUGGCAGAACUACGAGGAGUUUCAUAGCAUAUGCAAAGCCGUCGCAAAAUUUCACCGACCGUGGUCCUCCGAUCACCCGCUUAAAGUCCUUUUAUCUGGGGCUAUCGAGUUACCCAAAAUGGAGGGUGGUUCGUCGUACGCGAAUGGCUUCUUGUAUCAGUAUGUUGCUACAAGUUGGCUCACUUCAGCGGCCGCUCAGCGCGACCACACCCUCCCCGCUUCCUCAUAGUACUGCAGCGGGAGCGCGCAACGCCACUUUGAAUCUCUGGGAAUAACGGCCACUUCUUCCAAAUUAAUUUUUAAUUUUUGGGGACACCGCUGCUUGUUCUCAAAAGUGGAUUACAUGUGGGACGAUCACCGAGCGGUAUGGAUAUAAAAAGCGAGUGGUCACAGAGUCUAUGCUGGGUUUCACACGCUCUGGUCCCGGGUUAGAACGCCGCGGAAGAGGUGGACAUACGGACGAUGCAUAUGGAGUCGAAGCGACCGCUAGCGUGUCACCCGGGCUUGUGUUUGAAGAAGACGAGGUUGAAACUGGAUCGUGGGGUCGGCGUGGAUGGACUUUAAUCGAGAGGAUUGCCUUUUUUUUUCUUCCUCCCCCAGUGGGUUCGUGAAACGAUGGCGCUUGAGGGAAAGCCACCUCUUCUUGCUGACCAGAAGUGCUGCCCGGGUGGCGCCCCAUCUGUAACCAGCAUGUGUACGCCAGACCGGUCAAACUUACCGGGAACCAGUCGGGCAAGAUGCUGUUCUCGAUCCGCCCUUAUUCGAGUGGACAUAAGAUCAUAUCCUAUGGAGUUCAACAAAAGAGACUUUAGUUAGUUAUCUCAAAAGUGUGUUUCUUUUCAAUUGUCUCAGAUAAAUCGAUGUAAUCUUUCAUCUUACUAAACGGCUCAGAAGUGUUUUCCCAAUUUAAUUGAAAGCGGGUUUGUUUGUUUUCCCCGUAAAUUGCAUAUUGGACCAUUUUUAGUCUGCACUUUGCCUUUCAGAAGACAUUUAGUUGGCACUGCAAUUUGUGAUUUCAUUUUAAAUUCUACCUGUGAAUUGUUCUGUUAGCCUGAGACUAUUGUGUUACUUGCAUCUUUAAUUCAGGGCAUUUAUAUUCAUAGAUCAGCAUAAGCAAUAAUACACCCGUAUUACUAAAUAACUAGGGGACAAUCAUCAUUUCAAUAAUGCAGUAAAUUUAUUUUUGCUUUUCACCAGUGUUUACAAUAACAGUAUAACUUCAGUGAAUCGGCAUAUCAUGUAUGGUUGAUUUGCGAUAUUGUGAAAGAAUCAAGGAAGACUUUUGGCCAGUUGUUUUUUUCUUUGUGAUUUUACACUGCAGUGAGCAUUGGCUUGAUGAGGAAACUUCUUAAACAGACCAAUGCAGUUUGCAGUGGCAGCAACAGCAGAAAAUUAUAAAUAACCCUGUCAAAAAGAGCAGUUUGACCACCCCCACCCCAACUCCCCUCCUUAUUAUGGCUAGUGGUGGCUCGGGCAAAUCGGCUAGUGAGGGAUCCGCCAGCACACCUAGUGGCAGUCUUCAGCAGAGAAAGCGCCUUUCGUCCAUCUGUGACACAUGUAAGGCCAAGAUGCAGCUGGUGGCCGACCUCCUCCUGCUCUCCAGUGAGACCAGACCAGUUAUGACUUCUGAGGGGGUGGCAGUGGCCGACACCUUUGACCAGUGUCGUGACACGGUCAUCGCACGGACCAAAGAGCUCUCUAUUCUAACCCACGACAUACAAAGUCAACUCAACAUGGGCCGAUUCACAGAGGUGGGGGACCGCCUGUUGGAGAUGGCUGAUCUAGUGGUUUCUUUGACUGAGUGCUCUGCCCAUGCUGCAUAUCUGGCAGCAGUGGAGACCACCGGCUCACAGCCUUGCUUGCCCGGUCUUGUGGACCGUUACAAAGUGACCCGUUGUCGGCACGAGGUCGACCAAAGCUGCAGCGUCCUCCGAGUCACACCCCUGCUGGAUCUUACUCCGCAGCUCCUCCUCGAGCUCUCCCAGAACAUCUCCACCAACCUCAAGACUCUAACGGACAUCUCGUCGCUGGCCAGCGAAAGGUCCAGGGACCGCUUUGGAAAGGAACAGUUCAAACUGAGCAUCAAGAGCAUGAGCACAAGCGGCACUGCCUUCCUGGCUUGUGUAAAAGAGGUCAAAACUCAGCCCAGCGAACUAACCAGGAAUCGUUGCGUCCUCUUCAGUGCCGCGCUGGUCCAAGCAGUCAAUGCGCUGGUCGGCUUUGCCACAGAGUCGCAGUUCCUGGGGAGGGCAGCGAGUAUUUCCGCUGAAGGGAAAGGUGUGCAGACUGCAGUUUUAGGAGGCGCUAUGAGUGUGGUUUCAGCCUGUGUCCUCCUCACCCAGGGACUCAGGGAUGUUGCCCAGCACCCUGAGAGCAGCUCUAAAAUGGCCGACUACCGUGAACGGCUACGGAACUCCGCCUGCGCUGUGUCAGAUGGCUGCACCCUGCUCACACAGGCGCUCCGAGAGCGUUCGUCUCCAAGGACUCUACCGCCAGUCAACUCUCAAUCCGUGACUUAGUUCAGGGAGAGUGGGGAUGAUUUCUGGUCCAACUCUGUCCCAUUUGAACACACCAAAGAGACAUUUAUUAUCCCUGCUUAAUGGGGUUAGAAAAGGUCCCGGAAAACGUGCAUGGAAGUCUGGCGUCUGUUCAUGAAGAGUGCUGAAACAUGGACAAAUGCUUCUCAUCAGGGAUUUGUGUCAUCCUGGAUGUGACUCUAACCAAACCAAGUAUACAGUCCACUUUGACACAAUCAACCCAAAGUGGACUCAGGUCCUCUCCAAGAUCCUCACAAACUGACACCACCCCCCUAACCUGAAAAAUUUACCUCAGUUUUCAGCUCUGGUGAAAAUGCCAGCCUUGAUGUAGGAUGGAUGUAGCUUUGCUAUGUGAACCUCUGAUUGACUGACCUACUCUAGCUUGGUAGAGGUGACAAGUGUCUUGAUUUUGCUUUUUUUUUUCCAUGUGUGUGAAUCCCGACUCCAUAAAAGCUGCUGUGAGUGCCAUAGGUUUUUACACAUUUUUAGACUUCACAUAGUACUUUAAUGUGUUUGACCAUGCAUGUAAUGGGGUAUUUAUUUUGACAAUUAAAAUGUUUCUGAUAA